AUGUCGGAAGAAAUCGAUAAUGUGUCUCCGACGAUUAACGAAAAUGAUAAUUUGGUGUCGGAAGAGCAAGAAGUGACACAGGAAACCGCUGGGAACAAAAAAGAGAACCAAAACACUUCUCACAACGAAAUCGUGGAGAAAAUGUUUGAAAAGCUCUUGGAAAAGCAGAAAAAUCUCGAAAUAUCUAACACAGAAAUUGUCGAGAAGCUCCGUUCCGUCGAAAGCGAGCUUCAAUUGCUUCGAGACGACAUGAAACCAAAAACCGUGACAGCGGCAGUUCCUGUAAAGAGUUCUAACAUAUCGACUACUGGAAAAUACUUCGUUCUGAAACAUGUCUUCAAGAAUGUUUCAAGUUUGAAACACUCGGAUCUAAUGUACAGUGAGAUAGAAGAACAUUUUGGUGUCCCAUGGCGGAUCCUAAUUCUGCGGAGUAAAGAACAGUUUGCAAUUUUUUUGAGCCGUGGUGCGGAGAUGGCUGAAAGAAAAAUGUCGUUUGACGUUGAAUAUGAAGUCAAAUUUCUGUCUAUUAAUACAAGAAAGUGGAGUACAAAAAAACGCGACUUUUUUCAAAAUUCCAAAACGAAGAAAGGAUCUCCUGAAGUACUUGAAUAUGUGGUAUUGCGAGAAGACUUUCUUGCGGAUGACAAAUUGAUUGCUGAAAUUCACGUGAAAAUCGAAAAAACCGCUGGUUUCUACAAGGAUAAUCUGAGAGUGUUCGACGAGACAAUGGAAGAAUUUUCGGAUGUUGUACUAGUUGUCAACGAAGAGAAAUUCUACGUUUUGAAAAAGUUCCUCGCCGUCCAUUCUUCAUACUUCAAGUCACUUUUCUUGGGGCAGUUUCAAGAAUCAAAGAAAUCUGAGAUCACAUUGACAGGAAUCGAUGCGGAUGACUUUCAAAACUAUCUGGAAUUGCUUUACGGAGACAAUUCAAUUGAUGAAAUCACAGUGGAAGGAAUCCUCAUGGUGGCAGACAUGUACGACACUCCAUUGGUUAUUCGCAAAUGCGAAGAGUUUUUACUCGAAAAAUCAAAGAAGACAUUGAAAAAGAAGCUGCAAAUGUCCAUGAAAUACCACCUUGAAGCAUUAAAGAAACAAUGUCUUGACAGCAUCAAAUCGGUAUCUGCUAUCAGAUCUGUGAUGCCACGAGAUGGUACUGAUUUGGAUCCAUCGAUAAUGCGAGAACUUCUCGAAAAAUCUCUCGCUCUUCACAAUCCCAAAUAA